ACAGGCGUGAGCAACCACGCCCGGCUGCAAAUCCUCUUCAUUCGGAGAGACACCCAAGCGUCCUCAGUGGUGAUGGUAGAGAGGGCUCUUGCCACUGGCCCCACUGCGGCUUUCUCCAUCUUCCUUGUCCCAACCUCCGUAAGACGCGAUGCGUGAGGCUAGGAUGCGGGGCCUUGUAGCAAAUGCGGGAGAGCUCACCUGAACACACUGCUGGUAACGUUUGAAAAGGUCGGUGCACGGAUCCCCGGAGCCGUCCCCCUUGAGAAACUUCUCGGCAAACCAGCGAUUGAAGCACUGGUCGUACUCGCGCUUCAUGUCCGUGCAGGCCUCCCCUACGCUGUUCAUGGCUGCCUUAGUGCGAGGGCGACAGCGCACUCUGAUGUCAUCAUUUUUAGGCGCGUCGCUCGGCGUACGACGGGGGCCGAGAAGGGAGGAAAUGUGGGCGCGGGCAGUAUGGCUGAGACUUCGGGCCCCGUUGGGCGGACGUCGGGACUUCAUUUCCACAGAGGAUCCGCAGGGAAGUGGCCGGAUCACUGCCGAAGUAAUCGAGCAUCUGGAGCGUCUAGCGCUUGUGGACUUCGGCAGCCGAGAGGCGGUGGCGCGGCUGGAGAAAGCCAUUGCAUUCUCCAAUCGGCUGCACGCCGUGCAGACUGACGGGGUGGAGCCUUUGGAGUCCGUACUGGAGGACAGGUGUCUGUACUUGAGAUCCGACAAUGUAGUAGAAGGCAACUGUGCUGAAGAAUUACUACAAAAUUCCCAUCGCGUUGUGGAAGAGUAUUUUGUGGCCCCCCCAGGUAAUAUCCCUUUGCCAAAGCUGGAUGAACAAGAGCCCGUUCUGCACAGCUGAGUAGUUAUUUUGGGAAGGGGGUACCCUGUGGACACAUGGAAGUGCAAUAAUAGAUUUGUUGUUGUGAACA